GUCUGCUCUCGCCUCUGGACCGUCAUCACCAACCACUAUCUAUUUGACUAUUACAUACUACUAGGAGCAAUACUAGUAUUACAGUAGUAUUUUUUCAUGGGAAAUAAAUAGGCAACCAGGCGGUAGCACCCCCGCCCUACCUUUUUCUGUGUUUAUUGAGCCCUUUUCACCAUUUCCUCUACUUUCGUCUUCCACCCAGAAAGUGGAGCAAAUCACCUCCUCCGCGCUACUCCCAAUUCUACCGGACGUUUUGUCCUCUCCCAACCAAACGGAGGCGUUAAAAUUGCCUUCCGUUCGUCUUGGUUAUUCUUGGUCAUUCUUGAUAUUCUUUGUAUCUUUCUUUCUCUUCCUAUGCUAUAUAGUUCUUCCCUCUAAUCCCCCACAUUGUAUUCCUAUUCGCUUUCCGCGCCCGUCACCAUCCAAGCAGACCUCACGGACGUUACACUCUGAUAAGCAGUUCAGCUUGUACGGCACCCAUUAUGUACACGCUUUGUUACUUGCUUUUCCCAUUGGCGUGUGUGUUCUUGCUUCUUUCAUGGAAUUUGCGACGUAUCCAGAAUGGCCCUCGUCCCCAACCCGACUCUCCCAACCAAUUCCCCCCGGCCAUGAGUCCCCCCAUGUCCCACCAAGGGUCUCACUCCAGUCAAGACUCGUUUCCAAGUUUGACUUCAACGUUGGAUCGGAUACGAGAAUGCACAAUCAAACUUGCGUUUAUUCCGCGAAGUAUUAUCGAUGCUGAGAUCAACGAGAAAGCUGUGGAAGACAUACUAGCUGAGAAAAGAAUCGGUAGUGGAUCCCGAAGAGCCAAGUUGGCGACGAAGAUCGUCCAAAGCGCCCAAAAGCUAUUCAUCGUUCUGCUCAUGUCAAGAAAGGUGGAUUAUAUAAAUACCUUCCUGGACCGGGGGAUACAAGAUGACAGUCUCCCAUUCAAACUGGACGAGAACGUCUUGCGAACCAGUCAAGGCCAGGAGGUCCCGGUACCGGAAGAUUGGGACUAUGAAGACCUGGAAGCAUUGGAAGCGAGACAGUGGCGUGUUCUCGUCCCGGUCUUUCACCAAGGUACUCAUUACGAUUUUCCAGAGCAGCAAAUCUUUCCUUUUGUUGGGAAAGAGUCUGCCAAGUCUGCUGAAGGUGGAUUUGGAAGAGUCUCCUGUGAACGCAUCCACGCUGACCACCACGAAUUCUGGGAAGCCCCUGACAGUAAGAGCCAAGGGUGUAGAGUUGCAAUCAAGACACUCCUCUCGAGAGGACGACAUUUGUUUGAAAGAGAGACCCAUUUCCUCAAGACUCUGGGACCCCAUCCACACCUGAUCAAUCUUCUAUGCACCUAUAGCUUCAAGGAAGACAAUCACCUGGUGUUCCCUUAUGCAGACGAGAACUUACGAGAAUACUGGAAGCGGACUGGGCUACCCGAAUGGAACCACCAGAUCCUCCUAUGGUGUCUCAAGCAGGUGGCCGGAAUCGUGGGUGGAUUAUCUGUGAUACAUAAGCUGUCCCGAGCAGGGAAGCCAAGUAGUAAGACGCUUUAUGGACGACAUGGUGACCUGAGACCCGCAAACAUUCUAUGGUUUAAGAAGCGUCCUGGGUGCACAGACCCAAACGGCAUACUCUUGAUUGCGGACUUAGGGCUAGCGAAACUUCACCGAUUUGAGUCCAGGUCCAACGACAUAGAUGCAGUCUUUCCUCUUACCUACUCACCUCCUCGCCGUCCUGGGGCGCGCAUAACCCGGGCCUUCGACAUCUGGAGUCUUGGGUGUCUGUUAUUGGAGUUUGUUACCUACAUCAUAUGCGGUGAGAAGGCUAUCGAGGAGUUCUCCCAGCUCCGGGGAUACGAUGACCCCUGCACCGUGCUCAAUACAGAUUUUUUCUACAGCAUAGAUCACAAGGAAGUUCGUCCAUCUGUAGAAUACUGGGUGGCGAAAUUGAAGACAGAACCGCGGUGCUCCCCCGUGUUUUCUGACUUGCUGGACUUGAUAAUGUCUGGAAUGAUCCGCAUUGAACCGGGCGAGCGAAAAAGCGCUCAAAAGAUCCACCGGACAUUGGACGCAAUGCAUAAAACGGCUGAAUCCGAUCCGCGAUAUCUUCUGGGAAAUUACGAAAUGCCACCGCAGCAGGAGUUGGAUGACCUCCAGGAGCCUACCCCGAAAGCAUUACCUUCUGCUCGAGGUGUGUCUCAGGGCUCGACCUACUUCACCCCUGAUGGACACGGUCUGGGUGCCGCUAUCUCCAAAGCGACACUCCUGCAUUUGAACAGGCUAGGUCCUGAGAUGCCGCCUAGGCUGGCGAAUGAUAGUGACGAUUCGUGGUCCAUGAGUGAUUUGGGACUGCCAAGGAGCAGGGGAACAUGGCCACAAGUCACUAGCAGCUGAUGCUCCCGUAGUCAACCCUGCUUCUAUCAAGGUGGGCACUCAGUGUUCCCCUUUGUUUAACGAUAGUACCCUUUCUUCAUUUCCUUCUUCUCUAUGGGUCCAUCUUGAUUAGACUUGGGUAAGAUGUAGAAGAUUUAUGUGUGUGUAUUAUCUUUGCCAUGAGCGUAUAUCUUGGCUGAUUAGCUGUUUUUGGGACUUCACUGGUGUUGGCGAAUGUAUCAUUAGGAGGGGAGAGUUAUAGAUACGAUAUGAUGAGGAAGUCGACGAUCGAUAUCAGAUAUGUCACUAAUGAUUCUAUGUUAAAUGAUCCGAUAUAUGUGCGUGGUUUACUUAACGAUCAGCUUGUAUUGAAGCUGUUAUAUUGAUGAUGUACUGUUUAGCCAACCCAGGCUGUACUGAUGCUACAUGGGAGUUAGAUCUGUAUACUAUAAUGGCG